AGCUUGAAGAUGUUUCUGGUAGCUUUGUCCUUUGCCUAUUUUUCAAAGUCUCUGUCGGGGAGCUACAUGAAGAGCACAAUAACUCAGCUGGAGAGGCGCUUUGACAUCCCCAGUUACCUAAUAGGUGUCAUUGACGGGAGCUUCGAGAUAGGUAACCUGUUGGUGAUAGCUUUCGUCAGUUACUUUGGGGCCAAGCUCCAUCGGCCAAAGAUCAUCGCAGUGGGUUGUGUACUGAUGUCCAUCGGCACCUUCGUCAUCGCUCUGCCUCACUUCAUUAUCGGACGCUAUGAAUUUGAAACAUCAGUGCGGUGGGUAGUGAACUCAACACUUAACCCCUCCCCUUGUCCGUUGGGCUCCCCAGCAGACCUGACCCAACAUGAUAAACUGCCUCAAGUGCCAGCAACAGGUUGUGAAGGCGACUCCAACCUGUCAAUGUGGAUUUAUGUGCUCCUGGGAAAUGUCUUGCGGGGGAUAGGAGAGACACCUGUUCAGCCACUCGGGAUCUCUUAUAUAGAUGAUUAUGCUAGUGAGGAAAAUGCUGCGCUUUAUGUUGGCUGUGUGCAGACCAUUUCAGUGGUUGGACCUGUGUUUGGCUACCUGUUAGGCUCCCUUUGUGCCAAAAUAUAUGUGGACAUUGGAUUUGUAAAAAUGGAAACUAUCACCAUCACCCCAGCAGAUGCCCGCUGGGUGGGAGCCUGGUGGUUGGGCUACCUCAUAGCUGGGGUCAUCACCCUACUCUCUGCCAUCCCAUUCUGGUUCCUACCCCGCUCUCUGCCAAUACCCGAGCCCCAGGGCCCAGAAAAGUGCACACCAGAGCAGACACGCUUUAUUAAAGACCCUCUUCUUUUGAAGCACAAGUAUCCUGCAGACGAAAAUACUACUUUCAUAGAGAUGGCCAAAGACUUUAUUCCAACCCUGCGAUCUCUGCUAGGAAACCCUGUGUAUUUGAUAUACCUGUGUGUGACAAUCAUCCAGCUGAACUCUCUCAUCGGCAUGGUCACCUACAAGCCUAAGUACAUUGAGCAGCACUUCAGGCAGUCUGCCUCAAAGGCCAACUUCCUCAUGGGUGUGAUCAAUAUCCCAGCUGUGGCACUGGGUAUGUUUUCUGGAGGUCUACUGAUGAAGAGGCUGAAGCUGAACAUCAUGGGAGCCGCCAGGUUUGCCUUCGGAACAUCUCUGAUCGGUUACAUCCUGUCACUGUUCUUCUUCGCAAUUAGCUGCGAGAAUGCGAAGGUAGCGGGGGUGACACUUUCAUACAACAGCAUGGAUAGGAUAUCUUAUGAUACACACUCAUUGUUCACAGCAUGCAACUCAGACUGUUUUUGUUCAGCAAGUGACUGGGACCCAGUCUGUGGAGAGAAUGGCAUCACAUAUGUUUCUCCCUGUCUUGCUGGCUGCACCGGCUCUUCUGGCUCAGGGAAAAACACAGUCUUCUCUAACUGUAGCUGUGUCGGUGUGGCUGGUAACUUUAUGGCCAGUACCGGUCAGUGCCCUCAUAAGGACGAUUGUGACAGGAUGUUCCCGUACUUUUUGGCUCUCUCUGUCAUCACUUCCUUUAUCAUCUCCCUUGGGGGCACACCAGGUUACAUGUUUCUCAUCAGGUGCAUCAAACCACAGCUGAAAUCUUUGGCGUUGGGUUUCCAUGCUCUGUCAACACGUACCCUCGCAGGGAUACCAGCACCCAUCUACUUUGGAGCAAUCAUUGACACCACAUGUCUAAAAUGGGGUCAGAAGAGGUGUGGAGGCAUAGGAGCCUGUAGAAUCUACAACACCACUGCAUACAGGAUAGCAUACCUGGGUCUGACUCUGAGCCUGCGGACUAUCUCAUUCAUUAUUUGCAUCCCGGGCUUCAUUUUGCUCAGUCGACAGCUGAGGAAGGAGGAAAGAAAUGCCAUCCACGGAGCUCUGGCCAACGGCGGAACAGAGCUGGAAACACUGAGGAAGGAAGAGUUUGUGAUUUCUAAUUCUGACAACAGCACAGCCAGGGAGACACGGCUGUGACAGAUCCAGCAGA